AUACACUCUUCAGGUGAGUCAUUCUCACACACACCUUAAACAACAUGCAUGGCAUUCUCACACUUUAACUCUUCAACUUUACCUGACAACAAACUGUGGGAAAUAAGCACCGCAUUUAUUGAAACAGGAUCUUAUGGAAAAAGCUAAUUACUUCAACUGCAUUUGAAGAGCUGCUGGAUAUGGACUUCAAGACAGUGAGUUGUUAGGAUUGUGUGCUGCGCUGAUCUCUUGUUUUGAGUUCCACUGUCCAGGAUUUCAUCAGACACAGGGAACUUCAUCUAAACUUUGGAUUUGUAGUACAUUUAGAAUUUGUCUUUAAGGGACAUUUCUGAACUGUUCACGACAAUGCCUGUGGUCAAAGUGGAGAAAGACUCUCCAGCAGACAACACCUUGUCUGCCUCCAACCCUCCACUGCAGACAGAGGAGCAGCCCAGAGGUCGGAGAAGGAAGAGACCUCUCCAGCGAGGGAAACCUCCUUACAGCUACAUUGCACUCAUUUCCAUGGCUAUAUCCAACUCCCCUGACCGCAAGCUGACUUUGGGGGGCAUCUACAAAUUCAUCACAGAACGCUUCCCCUUCUACAGAGACAAUUCAAAGAAAUGGCAGAACUCAAUCCGCCAUAACUUGACUCUCAAUGACUGCUUUAUCAAGAUCCCCCGAGAGCCUGGGCGGCCAGGGAAGGGCAACUACUGGGCCUUAGACCCGAACGCAGAGGACAUGUUUGAGAGUGGCAGCUUCCUGAGACGCAGGAAGAGGUUUAAGCGCUGUGACUUGAGCACUUACACCUCAUAUGUCCAUGAGACACCAGUUUUCUCUCCAGUCCAGAUUGCCAGAUCAGCCGCAUAUACCAACUCAGUCUACAACAACAUGACAGUCAGUCCGGCCUACGGGCAGCAGCUGCACUCUGCCUAUUACCCCUCUUCAUCUCCUCCCGGGUUUGGACCUGGACAGACCCGCAUGUUCAGCAUCAAUAACCUCAUAGGACACCAGACUCCAGCAAGCAUGCUGGGAGGUCAAGGGCCAGAGGUGAUGCAGCAGCCUGGCCGGAACUUCAGUCCUGAGGGGCUCCCAAACGGAUCCAGUCCCUGCAGCCUGGGAGCCCCGGCUUUCCAGAGUCAACCAUGCGGAGGGGCCAUAUCAUCACGCUCCUCUACGCAUCCCGGGUUCACCUACUCCGGGCCAAACGGCAACCCACACCACCAUACACACCAGGGCUCGUAUGGACAGUGCCACACCCAGGGGUAUGCAGCGACAGGACGCAUCCAUUCCUCAGCCCACGGGUCUGUGGAGUCCAUGGACCAUUACGGAAGGGUCUCCCCAAUGCAGUUGGGGUCUUUCUCCCAGUAUAACAGUGCUGCAAGUCCUAUCGCCAACACUGGGGGUUACCUGAGACAUCCAACGUACCCAGGGAAUAUGGACAGGUUUGUGUCUGCUAUCUGAGCUACUAACUAUCUAGAUCCAAGCAUCUAACUACCUUGUUACCACAACAUCAGGGACUUGAGACAGCAGACAUUUCUGUGCACAAACGUGUUUUUUUUCUUCUUUUUUUAUGACAUUUUUUAAGGACAAAACUGAACAGACUGAUUAAAACACGUCUUCUGACACAACUGUGAUUUACCACAUUAACCCAUUUUUCCAUAUUGAUGAUUAUUUACUUUGAGAUACUGUAAAUUAGGCCUAUUCACAGCAUGUGAGUGUAAAGUUAAUCUAAUGUCAUGUGUGGUUGCCAGCUUUGUUUUUUGUCAUGAAUUGAAUGUGCAAGGUUAAUAUGUACAUUACUGGUGAGUUUAAAUGACAGACUUUGAAAUAUUAGUAUAAAUUAUUGUGCUUCAUGGUCAUAGGCUUUGCAAUGCGUGGCUUGUAUGAAGAAUGUCAGCUUUAGUACAUUUGCAUGUAUUUUGUUGCCAAAUGAAAAUGCAUAUUAGGUUGCCUUUUUGGAAAUAAACAAUUAUAUAGCACUUUGGUUCUUCAAGAAUAAAAUUAUUCUUUAAUUAUUAUCAUAAAUUAUUGACGUAUUAUAAUUUAAGAAUUGUCCCAAAAUAUCACACAAGAAUUGUUAUUUUAUAAUGUCCAAGGGGGUAAACUUGGUUUGCCACAUUUUGAAUGUAUAUCAGUUACAUUUGUAAUAGUUUGAAUUCAACAUUAAUGUAUUACAAAAGAACAAGGACAAACAUUUGCCUACAGAAACAAAAGAAAAUGCCCUCAUACAUGUUUUUCUUUUGUGCUCGGGUCAUUUUCUUUACUGUUUCAGCUCAGCUGGUUUGAAGUGUUGUCUGGAGCCACAGUAUUAUCAGUCACCAUGACCGGCCUCAAUUAUCAUGUGCAGACAUCAACACAGCACUUAGACAGACAGACACAGCUAAUCUACCACACAGAUCCCCUAAUCAAGAAAAUGAAUUGACUUGAAACUCGAUAUUUCUGCCUAUAAAGUUAAGUAGUGCAAGUCUUUUAUCGCAACACGAGAAACCUCCCUUACAAAAGUCUGCAUAUCUGACAAGAUUAGACUCGUAACGUAACGCCUCAUUAUAGUGAAGACGCUUGAUUUUCCUAUCAGAAAAGAAGCUUUGUUGACAGAUAUAACUUUUGUUCCCGUAGUAUCCAUACUUGAAAGGGUCGUAGUUUUUCUUGAGUGCCUCUAAAUCUUAAAAUCUAUGUGGAUUAAAUGAGAAUAGCAGUAAUCAGCAAGUGUCAAAUUAUAAUUUCAAAAGGCCAAUGAUUUCAUUAUUUUAAGACCUGCACUCAAGAUAAAAGUGACAGGGGUGAUAUGCAACAUAAUUUGUUUGAUACACCAGCUUGGG